AUGCGCUUGUGGCCCCUCUCGCUGCUAACCCUUCGGACUGCCGCCAACGCAAGUUCGUUUCCUUCGUUGCCCCAGAGAGCAUACGAGCUGCACUGGCCGGUGCUAUGGGAGGGUGGCGUGCGCCGCCCCGUGCCUCGAGGCUGCGACGGGAAGGAGCUGACGAAGGCGUUGGAUGUUCUCAACCACAGCUUCGAAGAUGUGGAGCUGCACCUGUCGUCAGGUGCCAUCGUUUCUUUCCUGGGAGCCGUGCUGAAGUCACCUGCCUUUGGCCGCCCGGGCCCGCCGUCCCUGCUGGUGCUCCCGGGGCUGCCAGGGUCUCUCCAAAUCGUGCUGACGUUGCUGGCAGUGGGUCUGCUGAACCACUCUGCUGCCGUAGAGGCCAUGGCGGACGAUGCUCACGAUGGCGAACAUCACAUCCCCCUCCCAGGGGUAGAGCUCAAGGACCUCGCCGCUCCCAACAUCGUGGACUUAGCUCGCGCUCGCUUGCCCAAAGGUGCUGACCUGAAGAUGCUGCCGCAACAGAUCUUGGAGGAGAAUUUGCUUUGGCAGGCAGCCGACGAGCUCCGGUUCUACGCCGACACCGAAGCUUGCGACGCCGUGGACCUGGUGUCACUUCCCGGUGCCUUGAUCAACGUUCUUCACGGCUAUGCGUUCAACUACUACCACUUCCUCACCGAGCAGGUCCCUGCCCUCAUCGCUCUUCGCCAUGAGCUGGACUGGCUCCCAGAAGAUCGAAUACACAUUCUCUAUGCGGGAAUGAGCUGGCAGGCAGAGCUGAUCGAAGCUGUCGGCUUUCGUGGCUCCCAGCUGCGCCGGGCUGCUCCCUGCAGGGCGUUUCGUGGGGACCUGGUCUACACCGCAGCUGUCCCCGACUCCAAGGCCGCAGAGCUCCUCCUGCAGACACAGGCGCUUUUCCCGCCCCCGGCGCAAAGCCCUGGUCCGGCACUCAAGGUCUUGCUGGUGGAACGACGAUGUGAGGGUUCUCCUGGCCACUGCACUGCGGCUCGGCGGGGUCGCAGCGUCACGAACUUCCAGGAGGUCUUCGAUGCUGCGGCGCAGGAGCUUUCACCGGCCUCUGUUAUCAAGUUCCGCCCCGAGGAGCAUCCCGUUGCGGCGCAGGCUGCCAGCUUUGCAGCUGCAGCAGUUGUAAUCGCGGCAGUGGGGGCAGCCCUGGCGAAUGUCGUCUGGAUGUCCGAGGGGAGCAUGGUGGUUGCGCUGCACCCAGCACACCCGGACACCUCCUUCUCAGUUUACAGCAGCCGCUGUGGGCAGAGCUACUUCUGGCAUAUGGCAGAGCAGUUGGGCUUGGAGUACCGCGGCUUCCUUUGCGCCGACAUGACCGUCAGCGACGGUGGAACAGUGGAUGUGGAGGACUCAUCAGAUCAGAUGGGGUGGUGCUUCCGCGAACAGAGCUCUGCUGGAAGUCUCGAUCCCCAGGAAGAAGCCAAGGCCAAGGAGGAGGAAGCCGCGGCUGCGGAAGAGUGGACCUAUGUCUAUCCCAAGGAGGAGGUGCUUCCCGAGGACUCCGGCAACGAAGAGGCGGAGAGCAAGGCCAAGCAGGUGGAGGAGAACACCGACCCCGUAGUGAGGUCCUGGAUCGAACGCGCGAAGGCUUUUGCCGAUGUGGAUCGAGAGGGAGAGGCUCCGAAGUUAGAGCUUAGCCCUGGGAUUGUACCGGACGUGAAACGGUUGCCGCACGUGAGCAAGGAUAAGAUUCUUUGGUGGAGUUUGGCAACAACUAAGAACGUUACUUAG